AUGAGACGUCAUGAUAGAUACAAUGGCUCGUCUAAUGGCAGAUCGCGAUACUCUUCAGGUCCCUAUGACCGGAGAAGUGACCGGAGAAGUGAACAACAUUGGAAGUUUAAAGCGAAUGUUACUGAUGGCGAUCUUAGUUCGUCUGCGGUUCAACAUACGGCCAAGCACCAGACACAUGUAUCACGACAGCAUAACUCCAUAGGUGGAGUUGUUGAUCACGCUUCGGUACCUGAAUCUCACGUCUCCCUCACCACUGAUGAGGAGGAUUCUUCGCGCAAGAGUACUCAUACUGGUAUUGCGCCCACCAACAAACGCUUGGCGAGUAAAAUUGUCACGCCAACAGCUGAUGAAUCAAUUUUGAAGAGAUAUGUAACAACCAGGGAUAAGGGGGUUACUAAGUCUUUAUGUUUCUCACAAGAUGUUGGCCAGGAUCUAGAUGGAGGUGAUCAAAUGAUUGGAGCUCUUAAUGAUAUGGAUAAUUUGGAUCAGGGCGUUGACAUGAUGGAGGUGGAACAUACCGACGAAGUGCUUAAUGACGAUGAUCUUCUCGGUGAGGAGUUAAGGGAGGCUGAGGAAACUAACACCGGUUCACAACCGGAACGCACUGAGAAUAGGGAAGUAAAAGCAGGAAGCACAUCUGUUCGCAGUAGACACCAUGGUGGAGGUCCAAGAAGUUUGAGUUCCUCAGUAGGGGAUCUCCAAGUAAACGAUCAAAGUCCAGCUCCAGGGAAGCUGGAGGUUCUAGACAGCACCCUAGGCAAGGGCCACUUAGGAUUCGAGACGUGA